UUAGACCUGUUACACAACAAAUAAAAACACAAAAAUAAAUAAAAUCCAACUAAAAAAUGGAUAUUAACGAAUCCGUAAUCAAAGAAGAAGUUGGUAACUUUAUUUCGAGUCUGCAAAAACUGUUGCCCAAGAAAAAGGACAUUAUAUUUGUCGCACCUGACAAAACCACGUUGACUAAGCUGAGUGAUGUUCACACUGAAGCAAAGAGUGUUUUUCCGAAGUGCUUCCUUGGAGCUAAGCUGGUCAUUGCUAGAGACAUAAUGGAUAAAGUCAAGUUAGUUCAAAGUUACAAUUUUAGUAAAACGAAAGAGUCUUACAAGUGUUUCUCACACCUCAUUCAUAAAGAAAUGGCUGCAAAGAAUAUUGAAGAUGGUCUAGUAAUUGAUUCAACGGGUUCUGCUACAGCAACAUACAAAGAAAAAAUGGAUGAUUACGAAAUGAGACUUACAUCAAAGAUUAAGGAUUUAGUAUCAUCAGAGACAGAAUUAGUUUUCGAAAAGGAGAACGAAAAGUCGAUUAGUUCUAUCUCAUGCUCAAUAAAAGAUGUCGACCCAAAUAACCUGAAACUAGUUACUCAGUGGAUGUAUAAAGUGAAUCCAGAAUUUAGUUUUGGCAGCGAGCUCGGUUUUAAACCUUUGUCGUAUCCGCUAUCCCCUGACUUUUCAGUUAGUACGAGAUACGAGAGGCCGUCGUUCACCGUCUCUUCCACUAUCAGCAGAAUCGGCUUCCAAGUGUGCCUUUUCAAACAAUUCACCCCAGAUUUACGGAUAUCGACCAUACUUAAUGAGAAUAAUAGGAGCUCCGCUUCAAUCGGUCUGGCUAUCCAUAAGAGCUAUGAAAAUGGAUCGGAAUUGAAAAUUUUCGUUGACUCGCAACGUUGUGGUGGCUUCACAUAUCAAAGGGAUGUUUUGUUUUACGAGCCACAUAACGAAGUUCGAAUAAUACGAUUGAUGGCCAGCACUCUCAUAGACAGACAGCGAAGAGUCCGUUUUGGCUUUGGUUUUAACCUAGAUUUCUGAAGUAUGAUUUUAAUACCUAAUACCUCCGAAAUAAUUAGUCAUUGAAAUUUUGAGAUUUUCGUCUUUUUGUAGUAUUAUUUGUUUGUACAUAAGUAUACAUAGGUUUUAACUAUUGUUUUAUCUUGUUAUUUCGUUUAGAAAUGUGAUUAAAUUAUUGAUUACUUCUUCUGA